CACCUCCUCGCAGCGCUGCCCUCCACCCCUCUCCGCCGCCAGGCCCCCGGCCCGCGAGGCUGCACCCCCAGCCCGCCGCGCCCGCCCGGCGCCCCCUCCCCGCCCGCGGGCUCGCGGCAGCCAGGCGACGGGCCCGGCCCUUGCCCACCCCCAGCCCAGUCCGGGAGCGCCGCACUGGGCAUGCUCCGUAGCCUGGGCAGGUUGGGGCCGCGAGGCGACAGCUCGGGCUCUGGAGCCGGGAGGCGAGAACGAGGAGGGAGACUCGGGGGCUGGGGAGGAGGCAGCGGCCGGGAACGGAGGGGCGGCGAGGUCCGGCGCCGGGGACGCGCAGAGCCCGGCCGGCAGGCGAGGAGGCGCUGCCCGCGUGUUCGCCGAGGAGGGACCGCGGAGACCCCAGCCCUCGGCCGAGGAAAAGAUACUUUCUCUAUGAUAUGGAAUCCUGAAAUAUGAUCUUUCUUUAGAAAGUUGCUGCAGUUUCCUAGCGACACUUUGUCCUGCUUCAGUUUGUCGUCACAGCAUGAUGGACUUUGACUUUGAUGUCAGAAGUAGCAAAGCAGAAAUCCUUCCCACGUUCUCCCAGAAGCUGUUUGCAAUCCUCGGAGGGAACCUCUCAGCUGACUAGACUAGCAGAAGAUGGUGGUGCUGCCAAAGACCAGGAAGGUGUCUUCAUGUUCUAGCUGCUUUUGUGCCUUCAAAAAAAGAGGACUGCACUGCAAGCUGCACUAAGGGGACGUUACCUGCAGCCAGUCCAGAGCCGCCUGGUCUGAAUAAAAUCAUGGCCAAACCUUAUGAGUUUAACUGGCAGAAAGAAGUUCCCAGCUUUUUGCAAGAAGGAGCAGUUUUUGAUAGAUAUGAAGAGGAGUCCUUUGUGUUUGAACCCAACUGCCUUUUCAAAGUGGAUGAAUUCGGCUUCUUUCUGACCUGGAAAAGUGAAGGCAAGGAAGGACAAGUGCUAGAAUGCUCUCUCAUCAACAGUGUUCGCUUGGGAGCUACACCAAAGGAUCCCAAAAUCCUGGCUGCUCUUGAAGCUGUUGGAAAAUCAGAAAAUGAUCUGGAAGGGCGGAUAGUUUGUGUCUGCAGUGGAACAGAUCUGGUGAACAUCAGUUUCACUUAUAUGGUGGCUGAAAAUCCAGAAGUAACUAAGCAAUGGGUAGAAGGCUUGAGAUCGAUCAUACACAACUUCAGGGCCAACAAUGUCAGUCCGAUGACGUGCCUCAAGAAACACUGGAUGAAAUUGGCAUUUAUGACCAACACAAAUGGUAAAAUUCCAGUUAGGAGCAUUACUAGAACCUUUGCUUCAGGGAAAACCGAAAAGGUGAUCUUUCAAGCGCUCAAGGAGCUGGGUCUUCCCAGUGGAAAGAAUGAUGAAAUUGAGCCUGCAGCAUUUACUUAUGAAAAGUUCUAUGAACUGACACAAAAGAUUUGUCCUCGGACAGAUAUAGAGGACCUUUUUAGAAAAAUCAAUGGAGACAAAACUGAUUAUUUAACGGUAGACCAAUUAGUGAGCUUUCUAAAUGAACAUCAACGAGAUCCUCGACUGAAUGAAAUUUUAUUCCCAUUUUAUGAUGCUAAAAGAGCAAUGCAGAUCAUUGAGAUGUAUGAGCCUGACGAAGACUUGAAGAGAAAAGGCCUCAUAUCAAGUGAUGGGUUUUGCAGAUAUCUGAUGUCAGAUGAAAAUGCCCCUGUCUUCCUAGAUCGCUUAGAACUUUACCAAGAAAUGGACCAUCCUUUGGCUCACUACUUCAUCAGCUCUUCCCAUAACACCUAUCUCACCGGCCGACAGUUUGGUGGGAAAUCUUCAGUAGAAAUGUACAGACAGAUUCUCCUAGCUGGGUGCAGAUGUGUUGAACUUGACUGUUGGGAUGGGAAAGGCGAAGAUCAAGAACCGAUAAUAACUCAUGGAAAAGCUAUGUGUACAGACAUCCUGUUUAAAGAUGUGAUUCAAGCCAUCAAGGAAACUGCAUUUGUCACAUCUGAAUAUCCUGUAAUUCUCUCCUUUGAAAAUCACUGCAGCAAAUAUCAGCAGUACAAGAUGUCCAAAUACUGCGAAGAUCUAUUUGGGGAUCUCCUGUUGAAACAAGCACUUGAAUCACAUCCACUGGAACCAGGCAGGCCCUUGCCAUCCCCCAAUGACCUCAAGAGGAAAAUACUCAUCAAAAAUAAACGGCUGAAACCUGAAGUAGAAAAAAAACAACUCGAAGCUUUGAAAAGUAUGAUGGAAGCUGGGGAAUCUGCUGCCCCAGUUAACAUCUUAGAGGAUGACAAUGAAGAGGAAAUAGAAAAUGCUGACCAAGAGGAGGAAGCUCACCCCGAAUUCAAAUUUGGAAAUGAACUUUCUGCUGACGACUUGGUUCACAAGGAAGCUGUUGCAAAUAGUGUCAAGAAGGCUUCAGAUGACCUUGAACAUGAAAGCAACAAAAAGGGCCUGGUCACUGUAGAGGAUGAGCAGGCAUGGAUGGCAUCUUAUAAAUAUGUAGGUGCUACCACCAAUAUUCAUCCGUAUUUAUCCACGAUGAUCAACUACGCACAGCCCGUAAAGUUUCAGGGUUUCCAUGUGGCUGAAGAACGCAAUAUUCAUUAUAACAUGUCGUCUUUUAAUGAAUCAGUUGGUCUAGGCUACUUGAAGACCCAUGCAAUUGAAUUUGUAAAUUAUAACAAACGGCAAAUGAGUCGCAUUUACCCCAAGGGAGGCCGAGUCGAUUCCAGUAAUUACAUGCCUCAGAUUUUCUGGAACGCUGGCUGCCAGAUGGUUUCACUGAACUAUCAAACCCCAGAUUUGGCGAUGCAAGUGAAUCAGGGAAAAUUUGAGUAUAAUGGAUCAUGCGGGUACCUCCUUAAACCGGAUUUUAUGAGGCGGCCGGAUCGAACGUUUGAUCCCUUCUCAGAAACUCCUGUUGAUGGGGUUAUUGCAGCCACGUGCUCAGUGCAGGUCAUAUCAGGUCAGUUCUUAUCAGAUAAGAAAAUUGGUACAUACGUGGAAGUGGAUAUGUACGGGUUGCCUACUGACACUAUACGUAAAGAAUUCCGAACUCGUAUGGUGAUGAACAAUGGCCUCAAUCCAGUUUACAAUGAAGAAUCAUUCGUAUUUCGAAAGGUGAUCCUCCCUGACCUGGCCGUCCUGAGAAUAGCUGUGUACGAUGACAACAACAGGCUCAUUGGCCAAAGGAUUCUUCCGCUGGAUGGCCUCCAAGCAGGAUAUCGACACAUUUCCCUUCGAAAUGAAGGAAACAAACCAUUAUCACUGCCAACAAUUUUCUGUAAUAUUGUGCUUAAAACAUAUGUGCCUGAUGGAUUUGGAGAUAUUGUGGACGCUCUGUCAGAUCCAAAGAAAUUUCUUUCAGUUACAGAAAAGAGAGCAGACCAAAUGAGAGCUAUGGGCAUAGAAACUAGUGACAUUGCCGACGUACCCAGUGACACUUCUAAAAAUGACAAGAAAGGAAAGGUCAAUACUGCCAAAGCCAAUGUGACCCCUCAGAGCAGCUCUGAGCUCAGACCCACCACCACGGCCGCCCUAGCAUCUGGCGUGGAAGCCAAGAAAGGUAUUGAACUUAUCCCUCAAGUGAGGAUAGAAGAUUUAAAGCAGAUGAAGGCUUACUUGAAGCAUUUAAAGAAACAGCAGAAGGAGCUCAGUUCUUUAAAGAAGAAACAUGCAAAGGAGCACAGUACCAUGCAGAAGUUACAUUGCACACAAGUUGACAAAAUUGUAGCACAGUAUGACAAAGAGAAGUCGACUCAUGAGAAAAUCUUAGAGAAAGCGAUGAAGAAGAAGGGAGGAAGUAAUUGUCUCGAAAUGAAAAAAGAAACAGAAAUUAAAAUUCAGACACUGACAUCAGAUCACAAAUCUAAGGUCAAAGAGAUUGUGGCACAGCACACAAAGGAGUGGUCAGAAAUGAUCAACACACACAGCGCCGAGGAGCAAGAGAUCCGGGACCUGCAUCUCAGCCAGCAGUGUGAGCUGCUGAGAAAGCUGCUCAUCAGUGCUCACGAGCAGCAGACCCAGCAGCUGAAGCUGUCCCAUGACAGGGAAAGCAAAGAAAUGCGAGCACACCAGGCUAAGAUUUCUAUGGAGAACAGCAAAGCCAUCAGCCAAGAUAAAUCUAUCAAGAAUAAAGCAGAACGGGAAAGGCGAGUCAGGGAGUUAAACAGCAGCAACACUAAAAAGUUUCUGGAAGAAAGAAAAAGACUCGCAAUGAAGCAGUCCAAAGAAAUGGAUCAGUUGAAAAAAGUCCAGCUUGAACAUUUAGAAUUCCUAGAGAAACAGAAUGAGCAGCUUUUGAAAUCCUGUCACGCAGUGUCCCAAACGCAAGGCGAAGGAGAUGCAGCAGAUGGUGAAAUUGGAAGCCGAGAUGGACCGCAGACCAGCAACAGUGGUGUGAGACUCCAAAAUGCAAACUGAGGCAGCACAACUACACACAUCAAAAUAUCCCUUCCAAACUUCUGCACACAGAUUCCCUGGAAGAAAGUAGUCUUCUUUUGUUUCCUUUAGGUAGAGACAAGAUGUUACCUGAAACCACAGAGACUUAGAAUGAUAACAUACUCCUUUUGAGCAUUUUGAGUAUUGAAUUUCCUUAGCCAACCAAAAGUAGCUCAGAUCCACAAAAAUGUACUUAUUCCAGUAAGGCAGAGUUUAACCAUUGAUAAUACAACUUAAACAUGUUUGCUAUUAAAUAUCAUCACAAGUAAGUGAGCUUGGUGUUCACAAUUCUGCUUUGUGAUGCAUUAGGACAUGUUUGAGCUGCAGUAAAAAUAGUGCAUUAACAACUUCACAGCAAGUGCAUGCACUGGGGGGAGAAACAACUCUGCCUACAAAUUCAUCAGCAGCAGUCUACUAGACAAAUAAUUUUGCAGAAUUUGUCUACAUCUAAGUUACCUCAUCAGUAAGUGCCAUGUAUCGACCCUGCCAAAAGAAGCUAAUUUCUUGUUAAAAAAAAAAAAAAAAAAAACAUGGAAAUUAUUAGAAUGAUAGAAAAAUAGAACAAUAUACCUGUGCCAAAA